AUGUUAAUUGAAGAAUCAUAUCAUGACGUCAAGACGUCCUACGGAACUACCAUGCGUAUCUUUACUUACACUCCAAAAAUUCCAAAUUUCCCAAAAGUUAAAUUCCCUGGUGUGAUUGUUUAUUCUGAAAUUUAUCAAGUCACUGGACCAGUCACCAGAUUUGCCAAGGACAUUGCUGGUCAAGGUUUUAUCGUUGCUUGUCCAUCUAUUUAUCAUAAUUUCGAAGGUCCGGAACCGUUGGCUUAUGACGAUGAAGGUACCGACAAUGGUAACAAAUAUAAGAUUGAAAAGGAAUUGAAAUCAUAUGAUGAAGAUAAUUCUUUAGCAAUUGAGUAUUUAUUAUCGUUACCAAAUUGUAAUGGAAAGAUUGGUGCAACUGGUAUGUGUCUUGGAGGUCACUUGGCUUUCCGUGCUUCUUUAGAUCCAAGAGUCAGUGCUGCCGUCUGCUUCUUUGCAACCGACAUUCAUAUCCAUGCUCUUGGAAAGGGUAAAAAUGAUGACUCUUUAAAGAGAUGUGGUGAAAUCAAGGGUGAAAUUAUCAUGAUCUUUGGUUGUAAAGACAACCAUGUUCCUUUGGAAGGUAGGGAUUUAAUUAGAAGUGAAUUAAGAGCAAAGAAUGUUGCCAUGACUUUUAUUGAAAUCAAUGAUGCUCAACAUGCUUUUGUUAGAGAUGAAAUGAGUAAAGGAAGAUAUGAUCCUGCCAUUACCAAGAACUGUUUCGAAUGGCUCCUCGAGUUAUUCAAUCGUAAAUUGAAGUUGGAAUAUGGUGAUCAUGAUGGUCAACCAGUUGUCAUUCAAGAUAUCUGUUAA